GAAGGAAAAGAGGAGGAGAUAAAAAGCAGCACAGAGAGACUGGCUGGGGGUGAAAAAACAACAGGAAACCAACCGAUUCUAAUGCUGUUUCUGCAAAUCCUCCACAGAUAAAGCAGUGGACUGCCACGUCCCGGCCAAGCAACAGUCCCACCAUGACUUUUCUUUGAUCAUCACUUCAAUUUAUGGCAAUCUAAAGGACUUAACGUUCAAAAUGUGACGUCACUUCUGCUCUCAGCCUCCAACAGUGUGGUUAGUCAGAAUGUGAGCGGAUGCAGAGUUUUGGGAGCUGAUCGCUGGGAUUUCUAUAUGUGGCUGCUUUUUUGACCUCCAAACUCAACCUCUCACAGGGUCAUAUGGAUCGAUCGUCGUGCUUCCAAGGAUCUGUUUGUUGUAAUCAUCGGGACUACUAACUGGAGACACAUGAAGAAUAAAGGGACUAAGCAGAAGGCCAAAAAGAAAGGAAGUGAAAAUGUGUUCGGCUGUGACCUGAUAGAACAUCUCCAGAAUUCAGGACAAGAUGUCCCUCAGGUUUUGAAGAAAUGUGCAGAGUUUAUUGAGGAACAUGGGAUUGUGGACGGGAUCUACAGACUGUCGGGGGUCACCUCAAAUAUCCAGCGUCUCAGGCAGGAAUUCUGCUCCGAGGCGUGCCCUGACCUUACAAAGGAAGUGUACCUCCAGGACAUCCACUGUGUGGGUUCCUUAUGUAAGCUGUUCUUCAGGGAGCUACCCAAUCCUCUGCUCACAUAUGAGCUAUACAGCAAAUUCACUGAAGCGGUCACGGUCCAGGGGGAUCAUGAGAGACUUUUACACAUUCAGGGAGUCAUCAAAGAACUGCCGACGCCUCACUUCAGGACUCUGGAGUACCUCACUAAGCACUUGGCCCACCUUGCUACCUUAAGCAGCAAGACAAACAUGCAUACACGCAACCUGGCUCUGGUUUGGGCUCCAAAUCUAUUAAGAUCUAAAGAUAUUGAGGGGUCAUGUGGAAAUGGAGACAUGGCUUUCCAGGAGGUGCGGAUACAGCAGUCAGUGGUUGAAUUUAUUCUCAAUCACACAGAGGAGAUCUUCAGUGAUUCUGUGCAAAUCAAACCCAAAGAAGGACUGAGUUUGAAGUGUGGGGAGAAGUAUGCGACACUCCCCAUCAGUGGCCAGUGUGGGCCGAUGAAACUGAUGAGCCUGGAGGAAGCUCAAGCCCGCUCCUUGAGUCCAAACCAUCCUGUGCAUAGAGAACGUCAGCGAGAGAACAGUCUACCUAAUACAAGCACCGCCACGCUCUAUCACACCGUCAUCGACAUAUCAGACAGCAAGAGAAAAUUUUCUGGGAAAUCCAAGAAGUGGAAGUCCAUCUUCAACCUGGGACGGUCUGUGGACUCAAAGGGAAAACUGAGCCGGAAUGGAAGUGUGUUCAUAAGAGCACAGGGGACAGAAAAGGCAGCUCUCCGUCCAUCCAGGAGUAUGGAGUCCUUGUGCUCCUUACCAACAGAUGAUGAUACAGCAGGGCACAACAGUCCAGCUGGUGGCCUUUUUGCUCCAGAUGUAAAAUCCAGAACGCUUGGAUCGGACUCACUCUAUGAUCUCAGUGAACAAGACCAAAACUGGGAGUUUAAAGGGUCGAAAGCUGACGGGGCAACAGGUGGCUGGAGCUCCAGCACGAAUCAAAAGGGGCCGCCAGGUGCUUCUGCACCCCCCCAAAAAACACUGCCAGAGCAGCUGAAGGUGUACAAAGGUGACGACGUCAGCGGCUACAAGCCCACCUCUCCGAAAAACAGGAGGAUGUUGUACUCGGGCUCCUCCCACAACAGCUCCUCUCGGCCCUCCUUCCCGGGAAGCUUCUUCCCGCUGGAGUCCUCGCCAAGGCAUCAGCGCAGAGCCGUCAACAUAUCUGAGCCUUUUGCUGUGUCUGUACCCCUGCGAGUGUCAGCUGUUAUCAGCUCCAACAGCACGCCAUGCAGAAGCCACGCCAAGGAAAAAGCAGCUACUCUGAAACCCUGCAAAGAGAGCUCAGAGCCGUGCAGCAACAGUGGAAAGAGCAACACUUUCCCCCAACUGGAACCCAAGAGGCAGGAAGGAACGGAGAAGAAAAACACGGAGGAGCCGACCUCAAGAGUCCCUCCAGAGGAUGCAAGCAAAGAAGUGGUGAAAGAAGGUCAAGGAGCGAUGAAUACUUCUGAACUGGAACCAGCAUCCCUUGCAAAUGCAAGAGAAGGCAAAGAUGCAACGCCAUCUCCUGGGAAAGAAGUGCACAACCAGCAGAUAACCAUGCAACGGGACAAGAGAUCUUCAAGUGGGAAAGAGCUUUGGUGUGACCUCCACCAAGAACUGAAGAUAACUGAACCUGAAAUCGACCUGCUGGAUGAGACUUUUAAACCUGUUUUUAGCUCCAAGAGCACCUGUGAGGGCAUGAAGUUAACUAUGGAUGUCAAGUCAAAACGAAGCCGCAGCUCUCCGUCUCUGUCGUUGCUAUUCAGGGAGCAGUCUUCAAAUACCUCUCUGAGUGAUCGUUUAAUCGCCACUGGAUCAGACUCUGCAAAGAAACAGCCCUCAGAGUCAGACAUCUUGUUUUCUCUUCACAGAAGCACAGAAAACACCCGCCCUGCUGCCAUACUGGAUGAAAAGGAAAAGAAUCUGCAUCUUAAAGUAACAACUGUACACAAAGAUGAAACAAAGCAGUGCCAGCUGCCUUUAAAGGUAACCUGUAUAGAUGAAGCCAUGAAUCUUUUCACGAUAGAGGACGCACCAACGGUUGUAGGCUUCUCAGGAUCAAAUGAUAGAGACCAAAAACCAGAGAAACAGGGAGUUCCUCAAGAUGACAAAAGUGUCUCCUGUGACGGAGCAAAGAGGACUGUGAUUCCUGAGAUGGAGGUUAUUCAGAGGCUGUCGGUUUGUGUGGAGGAGAGCCGCAACACCUUGGAGCUGCCAAACCUCGACAAUGACGAAGGAUGUGGAGGAAACCUUGAGGAGCUGGACUUGGUGGAGCCCUGGGAGGAUUUCAGCUCCAGCAAGCAGUGGGUUACCAGUCCUCUCCACUCACCUGACGUGGAGGAGCUGUUAAACCAGCUGUCACCCUUCAGCUCUCAUGGGGAAACUCAGAUUUCACCUCCUUCGGUUGAUAAUAACAAACAGGCUCUCAUUAAGAGCACUGAACACUCCUCCUCAGGGAACACUGCUCACUCUACAAGUAGCAAACCAGAGACUAAAUGGACGUACUUACCGUCAGGGGUGAACAGCAGUAACACAACACAACCUCACACAGGAAAAUGCAGCACAACAAAACAGAAGAAUACAGCGUCAUCUCAAAGGUUUUACAGACAGAUGUCCUAUGAAGCAGAGAGAAGAGAGGAAUACUUCUUCUCUAAGCACAGACCAUAUUCACUUAACUUAGACCUGGGGCAUCGAUGCAUCAGAGACAUUUCCAAUCAGCAAAACCGGAACUCGCCAGAGCUUUCCUCCACUCAGAGAGGCCUACUGACCUCCUCUGAAUCUGUACACAACAGGCUGCCCUCAGAGCUGGAGCUGUUUCUGAGUGAUCGCCAGGCGCCUCUACGCCGAAAUUCAGCCCCAGUCAGCGUGUCGUCGGUGCGAACAGCCUUUAUGAUAAAAACAUGUCAGGCCAAAGCUGUGCCUGUCGUCCCUCCAAAGGUGCAGUACAGUCAGAUACCCCCCUACAGACAUGAGAAGGACUUUGAAGCAGCGAAAGAGCAAGAAAAGGAACGUCCGAAAAUGUGUGUGGAGAAAAGCAUUUCUGCACCUCCUCCGAUGAUGUCAGAUCUAAAGGAGGAGCUGGAGAAUAAAGAGCCUGAGCCCAAACAUUCAAAACACCCACAUGUUGCAGAGUCUGCAAAGACCACGUCUACGCCAGAGCUGCCAGUCAUCACUAGGAGACACGCGCCCAGUCUGGAAGUGUUUGUAGAUUGUCCCAGACCGAACAGAGGGAACCUUUUGCAAAGACCGUCCUUUAGGAACAGGCAGAGACCUCAAAGUCUAAUCCUGCUCAGCCCUCCUUUUCCCAUCAUGGACUAUCCUCCAUCAGGAGAUGAUGGCAAGCUCCUCUCGUCCAUCAAGAGCCUAAACGACACGUCAGCAGUGAAUGUGUUUUCUAAAGAGAUGGCAGAGAACUUCAGGACGCAGGAGGGGAUUGCUCUUCAAAACAAAAUGACUAUUCCAAAAAGCGGACAGAGAUUGGAAACAUCGACAAGUUGCUUCUACCAGCCGCAGAGGAGGUCCAUGAUAUUUGACAGCAGGAGCCACAGACAAAUAGAGUGACUGGAGGUGCAGUCAUAAGACUGAGUGUGUGUAAAUAGACAGGAAGGAGAAAAGGAAGCCAUGAUGUAUGUGAAAGACAUUCAAAGGGGACCUGUUAUGCUUUUCCAUAUUUUCUGUCAUAAUGUUACAAUGUCAGAUGUUCAUAUUACGUGUGGCUAAAUGAGUAAAAUUGUGAGAAAAAACAUCAGGCUUCAGACCGUUCUGAUUACUCUGUUUCAAGCAAAAAAAAGCUAAUGUCAGUUUGUGGCAGGUUUCUUUAUAUGGUCAUCUGCUCCAGGUAUGCUACUUCAAGUGCUGACAUCACAGAGUUUACAUUGCCAUGUAGCUACAUGCUAACGUAAGGGAAAUGCAAUCUUGGUUGUUGUAAAUUGGUCCCCGAAUUCAGGUCAUAAUUCCUAUUGGAAAAGCCUGGUUGUGAAGAUUUUGGUUGAGAAACUUGGUGAUUUGUCAUUCUGUUACAGUCAUUCCCCAGGUGCAAAGACACUGCUACAUGUAGCCACAUGCUAACAUCAGGAAAUCAUGUAAUCUUUAUUGCCAGUGUUGUUUAUUCUCCCCAGUUAAGAAUCAUAUUCCUGCUGUAAUGUUUCCAGUUUUGAAGUUUUUGUGGUGAUUUUUCACGACAGAUAGUGAUGCUAUACUCUAGUCAAGUACAAUCAUUACCUGGCUACAAUGAAAGUGCAGAGAUACCGAGAUAUAGAAGACCCAGGAAUGCGUACCAAUCAGAGCAGACUGGCUUUUUAGGGAGGGGGGCUCAAAAAAAACAGACGCUUAAAUGGAGCGUUUCAGACACGGACAGACAGAGGCUGAAUACAGGUGUUCCAGCAAAGACUGUAUAAGGAAAACCAUGUAAACAUGCUCUAAUAGAAACCAAAAAUGCAAUUAUGAGUCUGAAAAUGAGCAUCAUAGGUCCCCUUUAAGCUUGACUGACGUGGGGCUGCAGGGCUAUUAGUCUGCUGAUAAUUUCCACGAUAAAUCAUUAAAUUGCUAAUUCUAUAAAAUAUUAGAAAACAGUUUUUAAAAAUCUAUGGUUUCCCAGUGCCAGAGCUAAUGUUUUUAUGUGGCCGAUGUCAAAACAACAGUCCAAAGCCCAAAGACAUACAGUGAUUUUUUUUUUUUUAAUCUCAAGGUCCACCUUCUAGUUUUUUCAAGAAGUUUCAUUCACAUCUCGCAGUUGUUGACAGGUUUCAGAGGAAGGAGUUAAUGCAGUUUUCAUAGAGAUAACUUAUUGGGCAGGUUCCAACAACUGAGGAAGACUGUGAGAUGUGGUUGAAAUCUCCACAAAAAGCUUGUGAUUGCACCUUUAGAAUUUUUUUAAGUUAUUCAUACAGAUUAGUUGUAUAAAAAUGAUGAUUUUUCAUCCUCUGUUUCGAAAAUAAACUUUUUUAAGUAAACAUAUCAUACGAUUGUUAGUGUCAGUUCAGGGGCGUCAUGCUUAUUUAUGACUCCAUAUUAUUCCAAUGUGGCACUUUCGAUUGUAAAAGAGUCAGAAUAAAGCCAUAAUAAACAAACGCAUUCCACAUUAUCAACGGUUCUGUAUCAGAUUGCGACCUCUUCACAUAAAUAUUCAAGUCUUAACUGUAUUUAUCCUCAGACAAUAAGGGCUCUGAACACAGGAAGUGUGCAGUAAAAGUUAACGGUAAAUGUCAAACUGAAGAACUGACAAUAAAACUGUUAAACAGCCAUGCAUUUGAUUAUGUAGAUGAAGAUUUGAUUAUUAUUUAUUCCUUUAUUAUCGACACAUGAUAUAAAGUGAACUUGAUACAUAUAUACUGUAUGUAGCUGUUGGCUCCGUGAUAAGCUGAUGUCAAUGUGAUUUUUAAAAAACUAAUAUUUAAAAGGAAAUUCCUUUUUCUGAUUUAAAUGUAUCACAAACUGAAUCGAUGCUAUUUACCCACAGAUGAACUUUAAUUCAUGUGUAUCUUCGUUUUCUGUAAUUGCUUUCUAUUUUAUGACCAUUUUUACUUGUUGUUUGUUAUUUGUUGACAAUUGGAACCAGCAUUGUAGACUCUGGAGGACAUGUAGGACUUUGUGCACGCUGACUGUAUUUAAUGUGUUUGAGUCAGAGUCAGAUGAUGGUGUCUCCGGGGUUUUUUUCUCUUUUCUUUGCAUUUAACAAACACGGGAUCUGAUUUAUUUAGCUUUAGUGCGCAUGAACAUAACAUGAACAUUUGGAUGUUGAAAGAGGAAACAGUGUAUUUUCUAAAGACAUGAUUGAGCUCACAGAGUUUUUAUACUGUAGUUUGGAUGGACUGGAUGAAUGAUUAGAGUGUUUUAUUCAAAAAAUGUUUGAGAAGUGAGAUAUAAGUGUUUUUGACAUUUGUUUUGUAACUUUUGAAUACAUGCUGAUACUGAGAAUGACUGACUGAAGUGUCUGUAUUCAUAGGAAAAGCACAUGAUCUGAGAAUUUUGAGAUGAGAGUUUUGCCUUAAUAAUCUGACGGCAGCACCUGAAGUAAUGUACAUAAGACACUUGAUGAGUUUUGUUACAACGGAAAAGUUAUAAGAAUAAAAAGUUCUGUUUUUGGA